AGGAAGAAAUUAAGACUAGUGUGUAGAACAUGGAAGGAAUUUCUAGAUCGACAUUCGUUGCGCUGGGUGUUUCUCAAGUCCCAGACCAAAGUCAUGGGAUCCGGGACUCAGCGGAUCGACUUCACCACUUCGGAAGGCAUCGAAUACCUUCCUCAAGAAAGCAGAUUCCAUACCGAAACAUCCCGUUCUCAGACUAGCAACAUAUCGGUGCUUUAUAUUCAGGACCCGUCGAAUGAUGGUUCCGUCCUGUAUAAAAGCGCUGAAAAGAUCCCUCAUGUCCGAUCCAUCGGUUUCUCUUGCGAAUUUGGUCAAAGUGUUAGGGGUAUCCCUCAAUCCUUUGUCGAAGGCCUGCAAAGCUCCUUCACUCAGCUGACUUGCUUGGCCAUAUGGGCCGGCGUCGUCGAAGGUCCUCUUGUCCUUCCAAACUUGGAAGUUCUCUCUCUUAACGUCACAGAGUUUCCUAUACAAGAGUGGUGGUUUCCUUCACUCAAGCAUUAUCACUUCAAGGCGAGACGGAGGGUUGUGGAGAACUUUUCUGCCUCCAUGGUACCCGGUCCAACCACGCGACUCCUCUCACUAUAUCUUUUCGACCCAGAUAAGAGCAUCGAAGUAGACGAACAAUUUUGGGAAGAUUUUCCCUCUCUUCAAUUCCUCGGUAUUUUUCUUGGUAGCCUCGACUUGGUCGCGGAUCCACCACAUACCCACCCACUCUCUCAACUCUUUCUAUGUGAAUGUAUCACAAAUCUCUACGGGAGUUCGAUAAACUACCGCCAAUUAGCGGCGGUGGUAGCCCGGAUCACUAAUCUGACGACGUUGGUCGUCCCUGCGGAGUGCUUUAUUUACGAAGGAGAGGACGCUUUGCCUUUAUCGAAAGCCCACGCCGAACGAGGUAUCGAAUGGAUAGACAUGUAUGGUGGGGAAUUAUUACAGCAUGAAAGCGCUGUAAAUUCGAAUGUAGGGUUUGCUCUUGCUACUCUCGUUGGCGCGUCACUUGUUGCCCAGCAUAUGUAUGGUUGA